UUCCCUCAAAGUUAUCGUCCCUUGUGUAGUGUCUGAAAAAUCCCUGUCCCGAUCGCUGCCUGCUAUCUUCGCCAAAAGGCGGACGACCUUCCAGUGUGGUCUUAUUUGUUGUGCUGUGCAAAAAUUCGCGAGCCGUGCGUAUAUUUCCGUACGCCCAACGUUUUCAUGGACCGUGUAGUUUGGGGGCUUUAUUGUCAGCUGAGUGUAAAAAUAUUUUGUCCAACUGCUCGUGAAAGCCAGUAUUUCGCUUACCCGCCGACGGCAUCUCUUGUUUGUUCGUAAGUGGCCCUCCUGCAAAGGACCAACAGGGAGAACUGCUGGCCUACUGAGUGCUUUCAAACCAUUGUUAAUACGAGUAUCCUCUGCAGCGUGAGCACACAGCGCCCUAGUUAAGUGAUAUAUGUGCGAAUGUGUCCGUGAUACAGUGUAGUGGACGGUGCAAGUGUGUUGUAUAAUAAUCAGUGUAGUAGGGACAUAUUGCUGGUGAAACUAUCACGUUCAGAAUCUUGAAAAGUUGUUAAGUUUUUCUUGCCAUCGCGUAAGGAAAAGAAGAACGAAACCAUCAGUUCGCCCGUAUCUGUGUGUGUGCUGAUAUAAGCUGCUGACGACAAGUGCUUGCUCUGGUGGAGAUAGCAAGGCGGAGGAGAGAAGGAAAUAAAUUUUGAGACGCAACGUUAAUAUAAAAAUCUUCCACCAUUUUCUCCAAAGGCGAAAACAUGGCAUUUGCGGGCCUUAAAAAGCAAAUUAAUAAAGCAAAUCAGUAUGUCACUGAAAAGAUGGGAGGUGCUGAAGGCACCAAGCUGGACUUGGAUUUCAUGGAGAUGGAGCGCAAAACGGAUGUCACCGUCGAGCUAGUCGAAGAGUUGCAAGCCAAGACCAAAGAGUACUUGCAACCGAAUCCGACAGCUAGAGCAAAGAUGGCAGCGGUCAAAGGUAUUUCUAAAUUAUCAGGUCAGGCUAAAAGUAAUACUUAUCCACAACCAGAAGGUAUAUUGGCUGACUGUAUGCUGACGUAUGGUAAAAAGCUUGGUGAGGACAGUAUUUUUGCGUCGGCGUUGGUCGAAAUGGGCGACUCGCUCAAGCAGAUGGCUGACGUGAAGUAUUCGCUUGAUGAUAACAUUAAACAAAACUUCCUCGAACCGCUCCAUCAGCUACAGACGAAGGAUUUGAAGGAAGUGAUGCACCACCGUAAAAAACUACAAGGCAGACGUCUUGAUUUCGAUUGUAAGAAAAGGCGACAAGCCAAGGGUUCUCAAAUUACAGACGAUGAAAUCAGGAGCGCUGAGGAGAAAUUUGCCGAAUCGCUACAGCUUGCACAGGUUGGAAUGUAUAAUCUGUUGGAGAAUGAUGUUGAGCAAGUCUCCCAGCUGGUAACAUUUGCCGAGGGGAUGCUCGAUUAUCACUCUCAAUGUUCUGAGAUAUUGAAAGUAUUGGUGGAAACGCUGAACGAAAAACGCGAGGAAGCUGCAGCAAGACCAAAGUCUGAAUUUGUACCCAAGACGCUUGCCGAUUUGAACAUCGAAAUGCUCGGUUCGCAGGAUGGAAUGAACGGUGGGCCCCAUUUUCUUAAUCCCAAUAGGUUGAACAAUUCCCAUCACCACAUGUACAGUUCCCAGCAAAAUCUGUCCAAUAACAAAACCUAUUCUUCCAAUCACAACAACAAUAGUAGCCACUUUAACCGUAACCGACUAUAUGGCUCUCAGCAGAGCCUAUCGUCGACACGGAGCGGCGGUACGUCAAGUGCAUUUGGUGGUGUAGGUGGCAGAGCAGGCGACACCAGUGGAAUUGAUAGUAUUAGUAGUACUGAUGGGUCUGACAUGCGGCCGCCGUCUUACGGAUCGUCCGUAGACAGCUGGUUAAAUGCAUGGGAUCAACCGAAUAAUGGGGGUUAUGCCGGAAACGGUGGUAUUGGUGCAGGGUCUAAGCCGGGCAAGAGUACUACUACGUCCAACAGCGGGGCCAACAUUCGAAAUAAUAAUACAAACAGUUAUAGUUCAAUGUACAGUACCGCUACUACCAAUAGCACCGCAAUGUUUGCUAACAACAACAACAACAACAACAACAGCAAGAGCAUCUUCAGUGAUCCUUGGUCAGGCGGUUCAUCCUCUCAUCUCAGUUCGCCGGUCAAUAAACCGACACAUCUGGAACUGUUGGGAAAUGGUCAAGCACAGGCGCGUUCUACUAAUGCUUCGCCAUUGCCGUCUCCGAUGCGUUCUCCCGCAAGAACACCGAUGCCAACAAAGCCCACACAGCCAUGCUGCACAGCAUUGUAUGACUUUGAGCCAGAGAACCCGGGGGAAUUGGGUUUCAAGGAAAACGAUGUCAUUACUCUAAUCCAGCGCGUGGAUGAAAACUGGUUCGAGGGUAGCUUGAAUGGACGAAACGGCUAUUUCCCCCAGUCGUAUGUACAGGUGACCGUGCCACUGCCCAGUAAUUAAGCCAGCAUCCAGCAAGGACCUACAAAUGAUGUUACUACUACGUAAACGUAUGAAAAACAACAACAACAGCAAAAACAAAACGCAAACAACUAAUUAAAAAAGAUGCAAAGCAGAGCAGUCAAACGUAAAAGGGGCCCGAUGUGCGAAGAGCGACAGAGAGAUCAACUCAAGCAGAGUUGAAUUGGUCAAGAACUGAAGAAGAAAGCCUAUGCUGUGCUUAACAACUAACGCAUGGGCUGAGAUGGAGACAGACAUCUGAAUAGCUAGCGCCAAAUCGUUAACCCAAAACUAAAACAAACAAACAAAAAACAUUCAUAAUCUAUUAACUCCUCUCCUCCGACACUUGAAGUCUCCCUAACCUAUGAUUACUAGUUUACAUUCGGAUAAAAUGAAGCAGUGAAAACGAAGCAGACGAAGAAAAAAAAAUACGUUCCUCAAAGACUCUUCUAAAUUGAAAUUGAGAUUACCAAAUCAUAAUGACACGUUACGGAUCGAAUUAAAUCGAAGCCCACGUCAUUAUCGGUAUGUUGCUAGCCAGCGAACAUUUUACUAUCUUACAAAUACUAAAGAACACGUUGCACACCCUCCUUUCUGGAGGAACUUUUAAUCGAGCAAAUGUUCUGUUUUAGCAAACGAUAACUUUUAAAAGCAAACUCGCGGAGGCAUCAUCACGAUUUAUCUUAGUUUAAUUUGUACUAUUGCAAUUAUUUUACCCAACUUAUAUUGUUGCUCCACGCAGUGAUUUUAAUUUUAUAGCAGAUUCAUGAUUCAAUUACUAUAUCUGAUCACUUUCUGUGUAAAAGAGCAUCGAUCGAAUAAAGAUAGGUUUUGAUUUGGGAAUGAGAAUACGUGUAGGGAAAAGUAUGCUUGUUUAAAGAUCAAUUCCUCCAUUUGUUACAGUACAAUUCAGUACACAAGUGUUGUUAUGCAUGAAGAUUGAUAGAAUGUUGCUGUAUGUGGUGUAGUUGAAUCACUCGAGUUUGCCAUAGAAAUAGAAUGCGAAUGAAAUGUUAUGAGAUUAUUUAGACAAGGUUAGGUUUGCUAGAAGCAGAUGCUUCUCGUUUGUGGUGCUGUUACCUUAACGUUUUCCUUUAAAUUGCGCAUUUCGUUCAAAUGCAUCUGUGUAUUGAUAGAUACAUCACCACCACCAUCACCUGUUGAACCUAUUGUUGAGAAUGUGGGUUUGAGUUUUCCUGCAAUGCGUCUACAGGUUUGUUGUACAGCCUACGAUUAUGAGCGCUCUCUUACUAGCAUGUCUUACUAGCAGAAAGGUAGACAAAUCAUAUGUUUAGUAUCUGCGAAGGACUUUUUCGAGACAUAGCAUAAGUUUUAUGAGUUAGUUAGCAAACUUAUUGAUGCAAUCAUUACAUACACGUUCGGUUGGCAUGGAAACAUCACUAAUGACCAUGCAGUAGCCCCACUAUACGCUCUUCAUGGUUUAUGUUGCCAGUUGGAUAGAAUUGCUCAUAACAAUUAUAUAUGUAUACAUGUACAUUAUGCCCAAGUUCUUCGUUUUGAUAGGAUUUUUUUUUAAAUAAUACCCACAUCAGUUAGUGGCGUUUGGCCGCAAAAAUUAUUGUUUAAUUCUGUAAGAAUAAUCACCGGUAAAAAGUAUGUAAUCAACGCGUACCGUUGCUCAAUAGUACAGAACUACAACAGAAAGUAUGAUGUUUAGUUUACAGAAAUUCUUUGCCUAGUUUUUCUUUUUCCAUUACAUACACACAUAAGGUUUAUCUUAUGCGCUGGUUAGAAAAAAAAUCGAGUUCUAAAAUCAUGUAUUACUACUACUUUGCGCUUGGCACAAGAAACGCAUUACGCAUUGCCUGUUGCUGAUGGGAAACUUGAUUCCUCGUUGAUGCCAAUAUUUUACUUUACUGUUGUAUGGAUCGGAAGUUCGUAUAUACGUAUACGUGAUAUAUAUAUAUAUAUAUUUGUCGGGUUAGAGUAUUAUUUGUACAGAUACACAAUUGUAUGUUAUGUUUAGCGAUCCUAUUUUAAGUUUACAACCUCAAAGUCAUUAGUUAUGAUAAAAUGAAAAUGUUUAAACCAUCCAAAAACAGCAUUUGUAUUGAAUGUGUUUAUCUCGCAUCUUUCUUCUAUUCCCUUCCGCAUCCGCUCGGCGAGCGAUAUUAGGGACAAAAAUUAAGCAAUCCUUAGGCGUCCGAAAAUACCACAUGCGCACAUACACUGGGUAUGUAGAAUGGAUUGGUUAAUGUAGCCAUACGAACCAGAUUGGAAGUUUGUGGUUAUCGUAUUAUUAUUUAUGUAGUAGGGUUUUGCUAUGUUCCUUUCAGAACUGUUUGACUGUAUGUUUAAAUUAUAAGUAUAAUGUAUAAUGGUCAAUUUCAAGCAUCAUUUCCAUAAAACCAUGGUAUUGCUAGGGGUGCACUUUUUAUUUUUUUUUUCAAUAAAAACCAUACGUUCCCCAUGGAUGUGCAUGGUUCAAAAAGCAAGACUAAUGUUCGUACAAAUAGGUCGUUUUUUUUGUUGGUUGAAAUAUUGUAACGACCUACGAUUUGAUUGAUUGCAUGCAAGAUGAACAAGAGCGAAGAAAUCCGGCAAAAGACAGCGACGGAUGUAUAUUUAAACAGCAUAACCGUUUGACUAGUGCCCGAACAUUGUUUAACAUUACUUUACUACUAAGUACACCGACCUAUGAAAGCCUAUGAAUCCAUUUGAACUAAUAUGAGUGCAAUGAUAUUGACAUUAAAAUAUAUACAACCAAAGAUAUUUACCCUCGAUGCGCGCGAAGAAAUAGAGUCUAUAUUAACGAUAACCACCAGUUGUUGUAACGACGAUGGCUCGCUGUGUCUUGCAAAGAUGCGCCAUCAGUAAACAGAGCGGCAGCAGUAGCAGCAGCAGCAACAGCAGCAGCAACAGCAGCUGUAGUCAGUGAGUGCCCUUCUUCUACAUUGUGGCGGGCAUAGAUGGCGAUAGAUGUGAUGGGAAUUAUAACAGAACUAUAAAUAUAUACAUAUACAUAUAGACAUGCAUACAAAAUACAUGUAUUUACAAUAAAAAGCUCUACAUGUCCAAACGCUUACAACACAACACUGAAUGAAUUGGCAAAAAAUGAGGGGGCGGGAAGGUGGUGGUAGUAGGGGCAGAAAUAGGUAGGGUUAUCAAUUCAUAUUCGAGAUAUGCACAUGACGCCAUGCGUGUUUCAAAGGACUACUAACACUAAGACUUUUUGCCCUCAUAUCUUACAGCUUGAUAAGCUUCAUCAUCGUUGUUGAACGUGUUUAUUGUGUCAGUUUCCAUCUUUUGGUUUGGUGCGAUUCCUUAAGGAAUCGGCAAACGCCACGACAGAGGUGUUUGUUGGGUAGAGUAAGGGAUGAAACACUGAUGCCGCCACACAGUGAAUGCUACAGCAACAGUCGUCAUCCAUUGCACUACUUUUUUCCAAUUGCUACUCAAAGCGUAAUGUAUUUGUGUUUCUGACUGUCGGUCGGACACAGCUGUGAAGAACUGCGCGGCAAAUGUUAUGACUUCUGUAGGGCGCGCAUAUUAAUGGUUUAGUAGCAUUAGGAUAUGAAGAAAUAAUCAUGCAACACAAACAACGCAAAACAAAACAAACAAACAAACAAAAAAACGAGCAAAGACAAACAAGCACACAAACUCAAUAGUAGCAUCUCUAUUCGUAUGCAAAACUUCCGUUCCGUUGCCAACGAAUGUGAAUGAAGGAUGACAUAAAAUGAACAGGAAACAAUCUGUGCGCAAUUACGUCGAACUGAGGACACAGCGGAGCAAAAGAUGAAUUAAAAAAGAAGAACAAAUAAAUGAAGAGGAAACUAAAUGUACGAUUUCACCUUACGUAGAGGUGCGUAGCAGACUCUGCCACUUUUCCAAGGAGAUUCAAACUCAAGCACCUUUCAAUUACAAAUCAACUCAAACAACUGACACACAAUAGCGGAUUAAAUUUACGUAAAUUUUGAAGAAGUAGCUUCACGGCUCCCAAAAAAUGCACACACUCCAAAGUAGGUCCAUGGAUCAAAUAAGCAAAGCGUCAAUCGAAUCAAUAUGCAAUCGUUUGUUUGAUGCAUGUGUUUAGUUACUGUUACUGAUCUUGUAAAAGCUAGCAGAUUCACUUAAAAGUACCAUGCAUGGAGAGUAUUAUAUAGUAUUUUGCUUUACGGUGCAAUUGUUAUACUGUAUUUGUUUUCUUACUACUCUUAUUACUGUUUUUGUUUGGAUUUUGUUGCGAUAAAUCUAACAUUACGUGCAAGUAAAUGCUAUAUUUGUAUGUAUAGUUUAGUGUAGUGCGCCACACCUACCUACACCAAUUGUAACAUCUCGUAGAGUCGAUUGAAAAAGGCACGAAAACUUAGGAGAUGAAGUGAAGAAGAAGAAGAAAAAACAUUCAAACAAUACAACAAAACCUACUUUGAAAUAUCAUCUUAAAGGACAAUACAUAGUUGUUAAAGUAAAAUAUAAAGAAAAUGUGACGGAAGAAAAUUAUGCAAAUGGAUGGUGAUGGAUAACAACUACAAUCUUUAAGGUUUACGACUUUAAGUGGAAUUAAUGUAGCAAUUAAAAACAAAAAAAAGCACACAGACAGACACAAAACAGCGCGUAGUAAAUAGAGCGGUGGUGAGUGUUGUAGUCGGAAGGUAAACGGUGGCAUGGGUUGAAGCGAAUUCUAAUGUUAUUAACAUCAGUAGAAGAGAAGUAGGUUGAAAUAAUCAAAAACACACACACACACACUUAUAAACAAUUGCGCUAAACACAGGCCACAAUAAUUGAUGGAAAAUACGAAUCGUGUGCAAAUAUUACAUGUAGUUUACACCCGAAUCGGUAACAAUCGUCGAACAAACCCGACAGAGAAUGUGAAUGUUUUUGGGAUUGAAGGUAUUCAAUAAACGGUUCUUGAAACACAUUGAAAUAA